AUGGACGCGGAGCAGCUCCUAACGUACAUCUACACCUGCCUCCCGGAGCCGCCAGUCUCCGACACCGCUCGCCUCGCCGCCCGCCGUGCCGCCCCCUACCACGACGUCGACCGCAUCAGCGGCCUCUCCGACGCGCUCCUCCACGACAUCGUCUCCCGCCUCCCCUUCAAGGACGCCGCGCGCACCGCCGUGCUCGCCACGCGCUGGCGCCGGGUCUGGCUCUCGGCGCCGCUCGUGGUCGUCGACAACCACCUCCUCGACCACUGGCCCCCGACCCGCGCCGACGCGCCCGCUGUGACCGCCGCGGUGUCGCGCGCCCUCGCCGCGCACCCCGGGCCCUUCCGCUGCGUCCACCUCGUCUCCAGCCACAUGGACGGGUACCCGGCCCAGCUCAAGCGCUGGCUCCGUCUCCUCGCCGCCAAGGGAGUCCAGGAGCUCGUCCUCGUCAACCGCCCCUGCCCGCGCCAGGUGCCUCUCCCCGGCACGCUCUUCCGCAUCGGCACCCUCACCCGCCUCUACGUCGGCGUCUGGAAGUUCCCGGACGUGGCCUGCCUCGGCGACGCCUCCUUCCCCAACCUCCGCGAGCUCGGCAUCUUCAGCGUAGCCAUGGAGAAAGGGGACAUCAAAGCCGUAGUCGCCAGGAGCCCCGUUCUGGAGAUCCUCAACAUUCAAGGGAGCGUGAAGGGGUUGGGUCUCCACCUCAUCAGCCAGAGCCUCCGAUGCGUGCAGAUCUGCGAUUCCGUGAUGGAGAACAUCGUCGUGGUGGACACCCCGCGUCUCGAGCGGCUCAUCCUGUACAAGGUCCGGGGAUCUCUCAACCCUGCCAGUGUCCUGCGGACCGGGAUCAAGAUUGGCAAUGCCCCCAAGCUGGAAAUGUUGGGGUACCUGGAGCCAGGAAAGUACGUGCUUCAGGCCGGAGACACCAUCAUCAUGCCUGGAAUGAAGCCAAGCGCAAGCACUAUGUUUACGAGUGUGACUAUCCUGAGCCUGAAUGUCCGUUUUGGAGUCCACGAUGAUGCCAAUAUGGUGGCCACCUUCCUAAAGUGCUUUCCCAAUGCAUCAAGUCUGCAUAUCAGGUGUGAACAAUGUGAUGAAUCCACUGGGAAGUUCGAACCUAAGUUCUGGGAGGAGGUUGGUCCCAUCGUGAGUGUCAUGUUGCGCAUAGGGGUGAUGACUAUCCGUGAAUUCAGAGGGGAGGAAGGCGAGAUGGCUUUUCUCAAGUACUUCUUCACGAACGCGAGGGCGCUGAAGUAUGCGGCGAUGAUCUUCCCCAAUCCAAGCUUCUCUUCAAUUUCAAAGAACUAUGCAUGCUCCAAAGCAAACUAUCUGACUUCUCUGAACUGGGCCACUCAAGGCUGCGGAUUCAUGGUGUAUGGGAGUUCAGAUCCUGAAGGAGGCAGACCAUGGUGCUUCAAAACCGGAGCAGAAUUUUCGCGUGACCCUUUCUCAUGGUGA